CCCCCCGGCGGGGGGUGGGGAGCAGCGAGGGCCCCGCCCCCUCCCGUCCUCUCCCCAGGGCCCGCGCAGGAUGCCCCCGGCCCCUGGCAGCCCCCCGGGAGGUCCUGAGCUCGACGCGCCCCCUCUACGCCAUGUCCCCCCCUGGCUCGGCUGCGGGAGAGAGCGCCGCCGGCGGCGGCGGCGGCGGUGGCGGCCCCGGAGUCCCGGAGGAGCUCACGGCGGCGGCGGCAGCGGCAGCGGCGGCGGCGGACGAGGGCCCCGCCCGAGAGGAGCAGCGUCCCAUCCAGCCCUCUUUCACCAAGUCCCUCUGCCGUGAGUCCCACUGGAAGUGCCUCCUGCUCUCGCUGCUCAUGUACGGCUGCCUGGGGGCAGUGGCCUGGUGCCACGUCACCACAGUGACGCGCCUCACCUUCAGCAGCGCCUACCAGGGCAACAGCCUCAUGUACCAUGACAGCCCCUGCUCCAACGGCUAUGUCUACAUCCCCCUGGCCUUCCUGCUCAUGUUGUACGCCGUCUACCUGGUGGAGUGUUGGCACUGCCAAGCCCGCCAUGAGCUGCAGCACCGUGUUGAUGUGAGCAGUGUGCGGGAGCGUGUGGGCCGCAUGCAGCAAGCCACACCCUGCAUCUGGUGGAAGGCCAUCAGCUACCACUAUGUCCGCCGCACCCGCCAGGUCACCAGAUACCGCAACGGAGACGCCUAUACCACCACCCAGGUCUACCACGAACGCGUCAACACGCACGUGGCGGAGGCCGAGUUCGACUACGCGCGCUGUGGCGUCCGCGACGUGUCCAAGACGCUGGUGGGGUUGGAGGGCGCGCCGGCCACGAGGCUGCGCUUCACCAAGUGCUUCAGUUUCGCCAGCGUGGAGGCCGAGAACGCGUACCUGUGCCAGCGCGCGCGCUUCUUCGCAGAGAACGAGGGCCUGGACGACUACAUGGAGGCACGCGAGGGCAUGCACCUCAAGAACGUGGACUUCCGAGAGUUCAUGGUGGCCUUCCCGGACCCGGCCCGGCCGCCCUGGUACGCCUGCUCCUCGGCCUUCUGGGCCGCGGCGCUGCUCACGCUGUCGUGGCCGCUGCGAGUGCUGGCAGAGUACCGCACGGCUUACGCACACUACCACGUGGAGAAGCUCUUUGGCCUGGAGGGCCCGGGGUCGGCCAGUAGCGCGGGCGGCGGCCUCAGCCCCAGCGACGAGCUGCUGCCCCCGCUCACCCACCGCCUGCCGCGGGUCAACACGGUGGACAGCACGGAGCUCGAGUGGCACAUCCGCUCCAACCAGCAGCUGGUGCCCAGCUACUCUGAGGCGGUGCUCAUGGACCUGGCGGGGCUCGGGACGCGCUGCGGCGGGGCGAGCGGCGGCUACGCGCCCUCGUGCCGCUACGGCGGGGUAGGCGGCCCGGGCGCGGCGGGCGUGGCUCCCUACCGGCGCAGCUGCGAGCACUGCCAGCGCGCCGUCAGCAGCUCGUCCAUCUUCUCGCGCAGCGCCCUGAGCAUCUGCGCCAGCCCGCGGGCCGGCCCGGUCCCCGGUGGGGGCGCGGGCUGCGGGGGCAGCCGCUUCUCGCUCGGCCGUCUCUACGGCUCCCGGCGCAGCUGCCUGUGGCGCAGCCGCAGCGGGAGCGUCAACGAGGCCAGCUGCCCCACGGAGCAGACGCGGCUGUCCAGCCAGGCCAGCAUGGGGGACGACGAGGACGACGACGAGGAGGAGGCCGGGCCGCCGCCGCCCUACCACGACGCCCUCUACUUUCCGGUCCUCAUCGUCCACCGGCAGGAGGGGUGUCUGGGCCACAGCCACCGGCCGCUGCACCGCCACGGCUCCUGCGUAGAGACCUCACUGUGACCUCCGUCCCCGGCGUGGCCCGCGCCGCCCUCCCGCCUGCCCCUCGCCGGACUAUGCUCCCUGUGCGACGCAGGGCGAGUCAUCACGGUGACUGAGGCCGCGCGGGGGACAGGGAAAGGGAGGUGAGGGCCGCAAGACAGACCCGGAUGGGGCCGAGACCCCUGUCGUCCCUGUACAUAAAGAGACCGAUGGGUGGGAGGGGGUCGGCUGCUCCCCGAGAUCCCCCUGGCAGAGUCAUUCUUCCAGCCCCACCCCUGAGUUCCUAAAGGGACAGCUCCCUCCUGUCCAGCCCUUCAACAGAUCUUCUGAUUGUUAGAUGACAACCGCACCGUGGGCCCCGCGUUGGGCCUUGUCUGAAGGGAGAGGCCCUGGCGUGCGGCUGGGAGAUUUAGAGGCUAUGGAGAAGGGAACUUGGGGUUUUCCUUCCUCCGUGGCCUCACUCCCCUGGGGCCUCUCUUUAUGGAGGGAGCAGUGGUUUGGUGACCAGCAGGCUGGAUUCCAACUAGCUAAUGCAUUUAGCGGGUCUGAGGCUGGGGCCAGGUGUCAGCCCCAAGCCUCCAUCCAACACCGUGGAAAUGUUGCUGCCCUCUUCUUGGCGCUGACCCCAAGAUUGGGGUUUCCCUUCUGCCGCUCCUUCCGCUGUUGUUUAUCUAACUGGGCCCCUACUCCAGGUCCAGAGGGACUGUGCUCACCGCACAGACGGCACUCAUCUCCCGCUCUCUGGUCCUGCAGAGCUGUUGCCAGGGUGCAGUGGGGAGGAGAGUGAAAUGUGGAGGGCUGUGUACCUCAGUCCUUUCUCUAAACUCUGCAGCCUCCCGGCAGGGGCCUUCUCACCUGGGUUCUGGGUGUGUACUCCCUUUAGAGAGUGUGAGAUACACCCGGGCGUCACUUGUUAAAGCUGGCCAGGGCGAGUGACUAAGGGGAGAGAGCAUGACAUAGACCUGGGUGACAACGGGGACCUCUGGAAGCAGGUGGGAGUAAGAGAGAAGAGGGCAGUGGAGGGUAGAGGAAAGGACUUCCAAAGGUGGGGUGUCUGUGGGGGCGGCCUUUGCCUCCCUAAACCUGUGCAGAGGAGUGGAGCGUGCUUUUCCCUCAAACACAUCUCUUGGGGGCUGAGGACGUUGUCACAAGUCCCAACUGGAGAAAUAAUUCCAAUGGCAGGGUCAGAGGCAAGCAUUCUCUAAAUCUUGCCCAACCCUUCCAUCCUCCCCUAUCCUAUGAGCUGAAGCCCUGCUGUGUGUCCCAGGGUCUUCAAAGGGGCAUCCUGCCACCACCCCAGGGUGCUGGCCCCACAUCCUGUUCCCCUAAAGCUCUGACACCGCCUUCUCUCCCUGUGCGUACCCCACCACCUCCACCCCAGUGUUCUUCAGUGUGCAUGUCUGUGAACAGCCCUCCUGCCCUCCCAACUCCCCUGGCUAAAGUCUCCCCAGCAGAUUUAGUGCCCAGGGCUUGAGCUCACAUUUCAGGCUAGAGAGGAUAACCCUUGGGCCACCCACAUCUCUCACCCCUGAUCCUGCUUACAUUCGCCUGAGCCAUCAGAACUCCUCCUUCCCCUCCUUCAGCCCCUGUCAUCUUCCUCCAGCCCAGCCAGGCCUGCACCACCAACUGUGUGGCCUCCAGCUAUGCAACAUCACCUCUGGCUCCCCUUCCCUUCUUCCUAGGGAGAGGGGCCCAAAUUGUGGGAAUACCAUGGCCCAUGGCUUCUAAAGGGUUUAGCUUUACUUUCAGGUAGAGAUGGCUGAGUGAGGAGGGAGAAGAGACUAGAGAGAGAGAGGCUUGGGCAGGGGAAACAGCUGCCCACCAGGUUUCCCUGGCAGUAGUGCCCACCUGCCUAUCAGCACUGAACCUGCCUGGAUCCUGAGUCUGUGCUCCUUGGGGGCCUGGCAUUUGGAGCACCCUUCUUUCCUCUGAUGGACAUCUGUGAGGUACAGGUGGUGAGCUGCGGCCUCAGGCUCCAUUUCUUAGCCAGCUGGCACCCGGAUGUCAUGCUCUGUGUGGGGACAGCCUGGCCACCUCAGGGCUCCAGGGGAGGAGGAACAUGGCUCCUCCUCCCUCAGGCCUGUUCCUGAGACAGAGCCUGGUCUCAGAAGAGGGGAAGGGAGACCUCUAUUAUUAUUUUUGCCUGUAUUGACCAUUUCUGCCUAGGUCGUCUCAGACAGCCUCAUCUCCCACACACGCACAGACUUAGAGAGAAACCAAUUCUUUGGUCUAUUUUCUUGGUAGCUUUAUUGAUUGCCAGGGAAAACAAAAACCAGAAAAUUAAUCUCUAAAAUUAAACUUUACACUGAAUGUUCUUGUUUCUCUAAUUAGAACCUCUGCUAGCAGCUGUGGCUAUACACACACACACACCCUCACACCUACACGUUUGCACUCCGGAACUGUCAGAGGGUGUCAGGCACAGACAGACUCUAGGUUGCCUAGACAGGCAUACACAUGCAGUCACUCCCAAGCCCCCUUUGGUGCUCUGCUUAGCAUCUGCUUAGUGGAAGGAGUCCCUGGAGAGCAGGCACUCCUGGAUUGGGGUUGUAGCCCAUGACCUGCCCUUUGGGGACACAGUUCUGGAGGCUCUGGGCCAAUCAAUCAGCCUGAGGAGGAUGGGGAAUGUUGCUCAGCCUGAAUCAGUCAGCUAGGUCUCUUGUGGCCCUAGGGGCUGAUGUGAUUCCUGUAGGUGUGGCCCCAGGGUGGACAGCUACAGAGUGAUGGGGACUCAUGGAGGGCACCUAGAAGGCUCCAUGUGGCCUGGGGACAAGGGCUUGUGGGGUGGGCUGGGCCUGGCUGGGGAGAAGACAGGUCUCUGUCAAUUGGGUGCAUCACACUGUGGCCUUUUUGUCGUGGAUUUAAGCGCAAAGAUUGUACAAAUCAAACUGGUGGAUAAUAAAGUUGUGGAUGACUCACUGAC